AAGAAAAAAUAAACACAACAAAAUAAGUUGGAGCAAAAAUUAGCAUUCCAAUUGUGUAAAUAUAGCAUUUCUAUUAACAAUUGAAAAUUCGGAAUUGUUUUUGUUUUUAAACGAGUUCUUAAGAGGUAUAGUGCGUUUUAAACACAGCUUAAAGUUAUUACACACGUGCAAACAUCAAAGCUUGAAAGAAAUUCCAGCACAAAGUACACGUACAAAAAUCCCUUGUAGAUAAACCACCCACAGUGGGCGUCAUAAACAAGACCAAAGUUUCUAUUUGUCAUCGGUCUGCAUGAAUAGCUGCGCAGAAAUUCCAAUGUGAGAAGAUUUUUCUGCCACAAGAGCCAUUUAGUGUCCGUGGCAACAACCCUCGGUUGCAGCGAACUAUUGCUUUGGAGCAAAUAUAAUUCCUUUGCAGCGACAGUUUUCAGAGGACCUUCGUCGAAGUUGGAAGCAAAAAUUGAAUAGUCUCUAAAGUCAAGAGUUCCAUAUUGUGUCAGAAAGCAGCAUUGUAAAGCAGUGGCCAAAGAGAUAUCAGCAACUACAGUUCAGAAAUCCUAUAUACUAUAGUACGCGUUUUUGAACGUAUUGCGCGAAAUAUCGAUUAAAGUAAAGCCCAGAUUGAAAUUAAUACUUCCAAAUUUAUCGAUUUGUAAUUGGCUCUUCAAUAAAACAAAGUGAAAAAAUUGCCACUUACACCUUGCCAAAGAUUUCUGUCGAAAGGUAAUAAAAGCGAAAAUUUCGUAACUAUCGUGCACUAGUAAACGCAAAUUAAAGUCGGCCAUAAACGUUUUAACAUUGAAAAGUUCACAUUUGAAAAAAGUAAAAAAAAAAAUUGGAAAAACGUUGAAAAAGUAAAAUCUGCAAAGUAGUCAACAGCCACAGCGACUCAGGUGCAAAAAACUUGUAGUGCUCAACUCAAAAGUGUUGGUAAAACGCGAGAGAUUCGUGAGAACUUGGGCUACACGCGAACAAACAACCCCUGUUUUCUCAUUCAGGGUACCUACUUUUUGCAUUCCAAAAAUUUCGUGACGCGCGUGUCAAAUCGACCACCCACAAACGAACUAAAAAAAUAAGAACAAAAUCGCAUCUGCAUGCGAACCACCAUUCGUUUUCGUUGCUCUUCCACGCACUAGAUACUACCUUAACUUUAUAAUCAGACCAUCGUCAAAGAGUCUGGAUUAGAAACAACAAAAUUUCUUACUUGGAGCCACAUACUCCCACCAAUACAUAAACUCAUCGUUUGGUGUGCCAGAAAGUGCAACAUUGCGAAAAUAUUUUGUAAUAAACGGAAUUUGUAAAAGAAGCAAACAAAAAGCUAGUGGUCAAGUAUGUUCUCUGGUCUUACAAAUCAAUUCACUUCGUUGGUAGGCGCCGUUAAAGGCGGUCAAGCCGACGAAGAUGUGCCUGCACCCACCCAGGAUGCUGCUGCCGCUCCGGAAGCAUCCGCUGCUGCCGUUACAGCAGCAACAGCACCAGCUGCAGGCGCAGACCAAACUGCGAAUGCGGCUGGCGUUAGUGGGGAGCAACUUAUGGAAGGUGAAGAGGGUGCUAAAAGCGGCGCAAACAUCGUUGAUCAAUUCCUCACAGAAGCAACCGGUUGGUUGGGAAGUGCCAAAGGCUGGUUAGGCAGUGCCAGCGCUUCAAUUCCAUCGAUGCCGGCAAUGCCUACCAUGUCUAUGCCAUCAAUGCCAGCUAUGCCAGCCAUGCCGUCGAUGCCCUCCAUUCCGGGGCUGCGCAAGGGUGGCGCCGAAGCUGGUGAGGGUGUCGCCGCCGAUGGCGCUGUUCUCGAGAGCGGAGAUGCUACAGGUGCCGUGAGUGGUGAAGAUGAUGACAAAUCGAGGUACAUUAGCGCUACAGAGGGUGCCGAUUCGCAUCCCGCUUCCGGCGGUGGCACCCCCACUGGCGAUGAGGGUCAAAUCGGACAGGGUAAGGGCGAAGAAGCGAACAUUACCACAAAAGUAACGCAACAGGCAAAGCAUUUUGGUUCAUUCUUGUCGUCGGCAAUAAAUAAGGCGGGCGCCAAAAUCAAGGAGACUGUCAAGGAGAAUCCCAUACUCGAGUCCUUCAACAAAGAACAGGAAGCCUUUAUGAAAAGUCAAGGCGGUCAAGAUUCCGGUGCUGCACCUUGGAUCGGACACCCCAACGAGGCUAAGAUCAAAGAGGAAAUACUCGGCCUCUCACAGGAUCGUCGUAAUUUUGUGCGCGCACCACCAGCCGGUGUUGAUUUCGAAUUCAACUAUGAUACAGCGUAUCCCACAGCUAUUGCCAUAAUGGCCGAAGAUAAGGCGCUGGAAACGAUGCGAUUUGAAUUGGUGCCCAAAAUCAUCACCGAAGAGAAUUUCUGGCGGAAUUAUUUCUAUCGCGUUUCACUAAUUAUUCAGGCAGCCGAAUUAGGUACACUUGGCGCUGAUGGCGUUGGUCAGGCCUCGAGCGGCGAAGACGCCCAAAACGCAGUAAGUGAAAAAUCCCAAACGCAAGCUGCUGGUGCUGCUGUCAUUGCUGUCAGUGAAGAGCAAACCAUAGCAGCUAAUAAAGGCGCCAAAGCGUCUGAGCACAUAUCGCCUAUUUUCGAACAACCCACCGGUGCUGGUGUAAACAAAUUUACUACCGAAAGCCUACGGCACAGUGAAUCUGAAUUCGUUUCGGAUUCCUUCCAAGCGACUAAUGAAAAAGAUUUAGAGGAAAUCAAAGAUGGUAUGCGUAAAUUGGGUAUUGACACUAUGACAGAUCAAGCGCUCGGCAGUGAUGAAGAACAAUGGGAAAAAGAUCUGGAGGCUGAGUUAAAGGACUACGAAGUGGUAAGCGGCACAACGGGCGCUACGACAGCCGCUCAGAAUCGUGUUGCCGCCGUCAACAAUAUGGAUGGCAAUGGCGACGACGACGACGACGACGACGAAAUACCGACAAUAUCAAAUCUGCGCACACGUUCAACGAACAACGAUUGGGAGGAGUAUGCCGAUCUUAUCGAAGAUACCGAUGAUUUAAAGUAAUUAAGAGCCUAUAUCGUAGCUUCUUUUAACUAAGUUCACUCCUACAUAUAUGCAUAUAUAUAUACAUAUAGUUAAUUAUUCGUAUUAUUACCACCACUACCACCACCAUCUCCACCAGUACCACUACUAGUACUUCUACUACUACUUACUAUAACCACUUUCUGCCGACCCAUUAUGCAAUUAAUAAUUUUUUGAUUUUUUUUUAUAAUCAACUUUAAUAACUGAUUAUACGUGUACUUGACUUGUUGUAUUUGACGUGUAAUUUUUCUUGUUUUUCUUCUUUUUUUCUCCAUUCCAAUGUAAUUUCCAAUCCCACCCUUUGCUACCGACGGCUUUACUUUUCGCCCCCUUUUGCCACAUUUUUACUUUAUUAUAUGCAAUUUUUUGUCACACUACUGUAACUUUAACUGUAUUUGUGGUUUUUGUUUAUAUACAUAUACAUACACUAUUUGGAAACUAUAUUGCUUCCACUGAAUUGUAACUAAAUUAAAAUAUAAAAAAAACAUACCUUGACACAUGUGUGUAUGUAUAAAAAUUAAAAUUUGUGACUUUAUA